UACUGGAAAAAAACUUUAAAAAAAUGUGAUUUGUUUAAAAAUAGCAAAAGAACUACACAGAUUAUAAAUGAAAGUGCAAAGCUGAAGAUAAUAUAUAAUUGACAAAUAAUGUGAACAUUUGGUAAUUCCUAGAAGCAAGUAAUUGGAUUUUUAACUCUUUAUUCAUCACUCGACUUUCCUGAGUAUGUGAGGCUCUUUAGCAAAUGGUUGAAUUGGGUGCCUUUGUUAGGUUGUGAAGAAAAACAAUAUAUUUUUUAAAAAUAUAUAAUCAAUCAAAAUUCAUCUCAAACAUUUUCUAAAACGGUUUCCAAAUUUGAAAACUCGCAAUUUUCCACAUAAAUGGACUAAUCGAAUCCAUGCGUUUAGUGAAUUGACACUCGAUUGGAUGAUUGAAAAGCACGGUUUUGAAACCAGCGAUUGUCCAUGGACAUCCAAUGAAUUGGGAUUUUAUAAUUUGCAUGCUGAUACGACAAUUAACGACUUUAACUUGAGUAAUAGCAGUGCUGAUUGGUCUAGUGUUGCACUUACAAAUUCCAGCCAUCAAUCGGAUUGGCCGUCCAAUGAAUUGGGAUUUUAUAAUCCUGAAUCUGAUAGGACAAUGAAUGCAGGCGGUGCUGUGGGUGGAGGAGGUGGAGCGGUCGGGGGAGGAAAAUGGCGGAUUCCAGAUGACGAAGUUCUGCAAAUAGACUCGGAGUUGGUUGGUAACACUGCUGAACAGCGUAACUGGCGUGGAAUAGCAAUAGCUUUACUUGUAAUAGUUGUAGUCUGUGCUCUUAUUGUUACUGCUGUUGUUCUCGUCACUCCAAAAACUGUAGAUGAAGAUUUGGGCGAGAAGUUUACAUUAGAGGAUUAUUUUGACAGCAGCUAUAAACCUAAACCAUUCACUCCUACUUGGAUACCUGGAGAAGAAAAGUUUUUAUAUCGGAAUGAAGAUGGGGCGUUGGUGGAGUUUAACUGUGCCACCAAUUCUACCACCAUUAUCAUGGACAACACAACUUUUAGACAGUUGGAUACAAGCCAUUUUGCUUUAUCAGCAGAUAGACAAUAUGUUCUCCUUAAAUAUAACGUAGCACAUGUAUUCCGACGGACAACAAUAGCUUCGUAUGUUGUAUAUGAUAUCAACACAAGGGGUUCAACUGUGAUAAAGGGACCACACGGAGAGGAGAGGAUACAGUAUGUAGUCUGGGCACCUAGAGGACACGGAUUGAUAUUUGUUCUAAAUAAUAAUAUAUAUUAUAAAAAAGAUAUUGAUGCCUCACCUGUACCACUAACAGACACAGGUAUUCCAGGUGAAAUAUAUAACGGUAUACCAGACUGGGUCUAUGAAGAAGAGAUAAUAGCAUCAGAUAACGCUGUGUGGUGGUCACAGAAUGGUUCGUACCUGGCGUAUGGUGUGUUUAAUGAUACACGUGUACCCAAAUAUUAUUACCCUAUAUACGGUGAAUUAAAUAACGCUUAUGGUGAACUAGCCAGUAUACCAUAUCCUAAGCCAGGAUACCCCAAUCCUACAAUCAAGAUUAAAGUGGUUUCUAUAGCAACGAAACAAACCAUAGAGAUUCAACCACCAGCUAAUUUGAGAAACAAGGAAUAUUAUUUUACUACAGUGGUGUGGAAAGAUGAUACCUCGUUCCUAGUUAGUUGGUUAAAUCGACCCCAGAAUUACUCCAUAGUAACUGUUUGUAAUGUUCAAGGCAACUGUGAUGAGAGUUUACAUGAAGAGGGACAUGGAGGAUGGGUAGAUAUGUUCCAUGCACCAUUAAUAUCCAAAAAUGGAAUGACAUAUUUUUGGAUUUUGCCCCAGAAAGAUGCGGAUGCAGGCUAUUUUAAUCAUAUAGCCAUGGUGGAAAUAAAGAGUGGUGAUGAUCGUAAGAUAUUUUUGACGAUCGAUAGAUGGGAGAUAACUAAGCUGGUAUCAUAUGAUGAUAAUUUAAAACUGGUUUAUUAUAUAGGAACUGGUGGGGAUCCACGACGUAGACAUCUUUACAGUGUUGGUUUGAAUCGGGAAUCGACUUGUUUGACAUGUGACCUGGAUGAACAAUGUCAGUACCUAUCGGCUACAUUUAGUUCAAAUUCACGUUAUUAUAUGCUGAACUGUGAAGGUCCUGGUGUACCUUACACUGCAUUACGUACCGUUGCCGGAGCUCAAGUUCGAGUUAUGGAGAAUAAUACAGCUUUACGAGAGAAAUUAUCUAAAAAAGCUUUACCACGGGUUGAAUAUGUUCAGAUAGAAGUAGAAGAUGGUUAUAAAAUCUGGGGUAAACUUUUACUACCACCCGUUUUAAAGAAAGAAGAAAUCCUCACUUAUCCUUUGUUAUUGCAUGUAUAUGGUGGACCAGGGAGGCAGAAAGUCACAGAAAAGUUUAACAUUGGAUGGGAGACGUAUCUAACCAGUUCCCGUGAUAUGGUCUAUGCAUAUGCUGAUGGGCGCGGUUCAGGCGGUCGUGGCCAGAAGUUCUUACACCAGAUCUAUAAACGCCUCGGAACUGUUGAAGUCGAUGACUCAAUCACAGCAGGAAAACAUUAUUCCAAGUUACAUUAUGUUGAUGAUAAAAAAGUUGCAAUAUGGGGUUGGUCCUAUGGAGGUUUUGUAACAUCUUCUGUCUUGGGUAAAGAUAAAGGAACCUUCCAAUGUGGAAUAGCAGUUGCUCCGGUUACAGAUUGGAUUUUUUAUGAUUCGGUAUAUACUGAAAGGUACAUGGGAAUGCCCAGACCUGAUGAUAAUUUACAAGCUUAUAAAGAUUCAAAUGUAUCCCGAUAUGCUGAGAAUUUUAAAAAUAGUAAUUACCUAUUAAUACAUGGAACUGGAGAUGACAAUGUACAUUUCCAGAAUACUGCUCAGUUGAUCAAAGCUUUAAAUGAAGCAAACAUAUAUUAUAGAACACAAAUCUACACAGAUAAACACCAUGGACUAGAGGGCGGUAACACACGAAAUCAUCUUUAUGAAACUAUGGAAGAUUUCCUCAUCGAAUGUUUUAAAGGGUAUUCAGAAAAACUUGGCAAGGAACCAGAACCUGAGACUGAAAAAGACCAAUCAGCAUAGAGAUAGUAGUAGAUAGCAUUACAAGAUGUGCGUGGGCAGAAUGUUGAAUUAAUAUGUGAUAUUUGGACACAGACAAAAUAUGUCAAUGCUACGCAACGAUUAUGUGUGUGAAAUGGAAAUGUGCGUCUGCAUUCUUUAUUUCAUUGGGUGAUUUAUUCAUGAACAAUUGUGAUUUCAUUUACAUGUAACGAAUUAAUCAACAUGACUGGUGCGACAUUAUCAACCGCUUAACUCGCUAAGAAUGAACGCUUAAAUCAGCAUAUUUAGAAAAAUAUAUAGCUUAUGUGUCUGGAUAAAUAUUACAACAAGCGUUGAAUCCAUACGAUGUGUGAGGCAUUAGAAAUUAUCUCUGAUCAAGUCAGUAGUAAUCAUAUUUGAACUUGUGGCACCCAACAAAGGACUGGGAGAUAACGAUAAAAACUGUAAGAUACUGUUUACAUCCUUCAUAAAUUUGAUUGGUGAUAUCCGUUACAAAUGUCACAGAUGGUGAUCGGUCUGACUCGAACCUGCAUAUCAGAGGGUGAUUGGCUUGAAUCUAACCUGUGUCACAGAUCAUGCUUGGUUUGAUUCUAACCUGUUUAACGGAUGGUGAUGGGCUUUACUUUAUUACUUUUUGCCAGAUAACCUAAAUCAACCUCAUUGAUAGAAAACUUAGUGUUGAGAGGGUUAGAACUGUGGAAUGUUUAAUGCUGAAGUCAUUGAGGAAAUUAACUGUGGUCUGAUUCCAGAAAGAUUAAAUAUUACCGUAGAUUAUCUCCCUUUAGUCUUCAGUCUUUACAUCAUGAUUAGAGAAAGUUUAACAAAACAGUGGUUAGAGAAAGUUUAACAAACUAAUUAACUCACUUUUGUUUCAACAAUAUAGUCUCCAGAUGAGUUUUGAAUAACCAUUAUGUCAUUAUUAUUCAUUUACCUUGUAUUUGUCAAGAGUCGUUUCCAUUUUUUUUAUCAGUAAUAAUUAAUUUACUCAAUUAUAAGGUACACUAGCUCGAUCAGUGAUUUGUUUGUUGUGAUUUUGAUUAGCAUAGAUGUAGUAUGAAAAUUGGUAUAUUUUAUUCUGAUGCCACUAGUCCUUUUUGCUUUAAUUAUUGCUGUUUGAUGUGAGAAAGACAAUAACCUAUUAUAGGGUUUUUAAUAUGUCUGAAUUACUGUUGUUAUUAAAGGACCACAAAUAGAUCAGCAAUGAAAACUAUCAACAUAGCUAAUAUGAUUGAAAUAGAAGCCCUGUUUGCAAAAUCUCUGCACAUACGGUCCUUUAAAUUCAAAAACUUUAUCCUAUAUAGCUUUUAAUUAAUAAUGUUAUGUUGAAUGCAGUGUUUCAUCAAAUUAUUAAUGAUGUUUGAUAUUUAAUUGAAUAUUAAGAAUUUUUAUUACAUAUUUGUUAUUAGAUUAGUGAUGGUAUACCAUUGUUGAUAAUAAAUGUUAUGUUGAAUGCAGUGUUUCAUUGAAUUAUUAAUGAUAGUAUAUCAUUGUUGAUAUUUAAUUAAAUAUUAAGAAUUUUUAUUAGAUAUUUGUUCUUGGAGAACACAAGAACAUUACUGUACUUACGAACACAUUUUUGAAUACUCUUAUUAAGAUAGUAAUCUUUAUUAUAUCCAGCCAUAAUUUGAUUGGUUUUUUUUCACUAUUGGUGGAAACUUCAUUGUUAAAUUUAAUUGAAUAUUUCAAUUAAGAAUUUUGUUAGAUAUUUGUUAUUUGUGAAUACUAGAACUUUAUUAGGAACAAAUUUUAGAAUUUAUUAAGAUAAUAGAUUUUAUUAUAUUGAUUCAUAAUUUGAUUUGCUCACUCUAUGUAUUGGUGGAAGCUUAUUUCUAGCUGGUUAUCACAUUUUAAAUUGCUUACCUACUGCAUGUACAUAUACGGUCAGUUAACUAAUGUAGCAUUUUAGCACCAAAUGCAUAUGUCCAAAAGUUGAUGUUUUAAAAGGAAAGACCAAACUCCUUGUAUAAGAAACCUUACUAUCAAAAACAUUUGUUGUAGAAACUGGUAUAUUUUGUUUUCUGAAGAAUCGGACAGAUUUUUAUUUCUGUAUUAUUAAAUAUUUGAUUGUAAAUAGUGUUAAUGUUUUAUUUUUUGUAAAUAUUCACCCAUUUUAAGUGUGAUAGUGAUGUUAAUUUGUAUAAAGAGUUUAUUAAAAAAAAAUCCAUUUUACAAUAUUCAUGCACUGUUUGCCAUAUUACACCCCCUAGCACUGUAUGAAGAUUGAAUGGGAUGAAGUUAUGAAUAAAUGAAUGAAUGAAUGAAAAAGUGAAUGAAUCAACAAAAGGAGAAAUAAAGGAAUGUUUUGCAGUACAAAAGAAGUAAAUAUUAUUAUAUAAAAUAAUUACCAUUUCAAUAGGGGAAAUCAGUUAAGUAGGUUUUGUAAGUUACUGCAAUUUAGAGCCACUGGGUUGUCAGAUCUGAUGUUACACAAGUCGUCACUGCUAUGUACAACCAUUUAAGGUUGACUGACCUAACCCUGCACUGGAAACAUUAUAAUUUUAAAUAGACUUAAAAAUUAGGAGGAAAAGGGUGAAAAUGCAAUCCGAUUACAACUGGAUCUUUCUGAUUUACAUGUAAAUAUUAACAGAAGAACAUGUCAUUUUAAAAUAGAUUCCAUGUUUAAAAUAAAAUUAUGUUUAGAUUUCAUGAAACGAAUAUAUUACUAGGGUAUAUUGAAAUAAAACAACAAUAUCAAUAUACUAAACACUAUAUUAUAUGUUACAGUCAUUCUGUACAGACGUCCAAUGUGGUCAGCAAUUUGCUCAGAUACCUGAAUUCGUUAGUCAGUUUAUCAAAAGACUAAAAAAAAAAGAGAAAUGGGGUUUAACGCCCACUCAACACAAACUAGGUCAUUUCGGGACUAACACAUGGUUUAAUUUUAUUUUAAUAAUUGGCGUGCGUUUAGGGAUAAUUCAGAUGCGCGUAGGGGUCUUUAGCAGUGGGAGGAAACCGGAGGACCCGGAGAAAACCCAGAAGGUUGGACGGAAAACCCUACUCCUUGUCACGUACAACCGGGAAUCAAAACCAUGCCAGUUGACUCAAUGACAGACCUUAUGAUACAGCGCACACAUGCUAACCAUUCGGCCAUCCAACUUCCCUUUAAAAUACUAAAGCAAAUUGGUUAGGCAUUUGAUGCCUAAAGUGUUGAGAACAUGACAUACACAUAGACAUGCUAACCAUUCGCCCCCCCCCCCCCCUUCAAAAGAUUAAAACAAAUUGGUCAGGCAUUUGAUGCCUAAUGAGUUAAGAACAUGACAUACACAUGAUUCCUAAGAGUUUAGCAAAUGCCUGGUCUGACAGAUUGACUGUAAAUAGAUGUAAAUAUUCUAAUAAUUAUUAUGGUAUACCUAACUUAAUAAUGUAUAAAUGAGUUAAACUUUUAUCAAUUUUUAAAAUAAUCUUUUGCUUUCUUUUAUUGAAUUUAAUUCAUUAAUAAACUGUAUUAGGUGUAGUAUAAUAAUAUGUUUUUAUUAAUCUAUCUUAUACCUUAUUCUAAAUUUACAGUUGAUCUAAUUCUUAGAUUCAUUAAGGUCUUUUAUUCCCACUGUGGGUGCAAACUGGAAAUGUUAAAGGAGUUACACCUCUAUUCUUUGGAAAUUAAAAUGGAUCAAAAAGCACACAUUAUUACUAUAAUUUCAAUGUAUGUAAAAUAUUUUAAAUUUGUAUAGUAAUUUUAAACAAUUAUGUAUGGCGGAAUAUGUGAGCAGUCCAAAUUGAAUUGUAGUCGCUUUUGUCUGAUUGGUGGUUUUUCACAAUGAAAAUAGUAUUUCUGAAUUCCCACAGAUACGUUUCAUGGCCAUGUGCAAAUAUUCUUGUCUUACCAAAAUUUGUCAAAUAAGUUGUGAAACCAAUUAAUUUGCUAUUGAAUGUGAAAUCUACCCGACAUCCAUGUGCUCUCCAAAUUCCUUUAACACCUAAGUUUUCAUAAUCGUGCAGGUGAGUGACUUUGAAAUAUCUUUUGUCAGUUUGCAUUCAAUGUACUAAUACACCAAUUAAAAUCGUAUUUAAAAGUACAUGGGUUGUAGGCUACUUUUCUAUUAAUCUCUCAACCAUGGAAUUAUUGAAAACAAAAGUCAACUUUUAUCCCUCUUCAGGAAACUUUAAAUCUGUUCAAUUGACUGAAUUAAAAUCAAGAUAUUAAAACGAACUAUCAGAUAUAUGUAUUUAAUUACUAUAAUACUACGAUUUUUAAAAUUUUUACUUUCAGCACAUUUUACAUUAACUUUAUACCAUAGGUGGUUUUAAUUAAAUAAAAAAAAUUCUCUAUGUAUUUGAAACUGUUUUAAGAAUUUCCAUCUCCUUCUUGUAAUCUAAAACAGAAUAAAAGAUUUUGAAAAAAGCA